AUGUCUACCACAUCAGCAUCAACCGUCUCUGCAUUUCCCCAGUCUACCAAGACCUCACCCGCACCGCCAUCCCUGGCUUCUCCCGUCAGACGCAAAACCAUGAGCAUCACACAAACAUACUUUCUUGCCCACAAGGCACGGGCAAAGCUGUCUUCUCAGGCAGCUCGGCCAGACCACAACCUCCGCCUGCUAGUGGGCCACGCCAACCUGCUCGACACCCUGAUGCUUGAGCUGGCCGACGCUGAGCGCGAGCAGGAAUCGUGGUUUAACCAGUCGGUGCGUGUCGCUUCUCCCGCACAGUCACCGGCGGCAGCAUCACACAAGUCCGACCGUCAUGUGCAAUGGGCCGACGCCAUCGUGGAGGAGGAGUCCGAAGAGGAUUGGGAGGCCGACGACUCAGACGUCUCUUCCGACACCAGCAGCGACUACACUGAGGACGAGGACGAGGACGAGGACGACGAGGACAGCGAGUCGUCCGAGAACGACAUCUACGACGAAGACUGCGACAUGGCGGAUGCUCCUCUCCGCCGCGUGUCUUCGCACAACAGCAACUACCCAUCCACAUCCACUUCCUCAUCAUCAUCACCCACUGCAAUUGCCAUUGAGGUCACCGAGGCAGAAGACGACAGCGACGCCGAGGUUGACGACGACGAGGAGGACUACACUGAGCUCACCCUCACCCGAUCACCAUCACAUUCCGUCUCCGCUUCCCUGCCUUCACCCACAUCACCACCUGAGCUGGUGAUGGAAGACUCGGACAUGUCCGAAGACGAGGCCAUGCCACCCUCGCCACCCAUCAUCGCUCUGGAGUCCUUCUCCAAGUCGGCCGUGGCAUCCAAGCAGUCUGCAACCAAGUUUGACGACAGUGACAGACUCUACUUGUCGCCUCGGAACCCCGAGAGAGUCAUCUCGUCCGUCUCUGUCUACUAG